AUGUGUUCACAUGACUUUAUAUGCAAAAACAUAUGGUUUUGUGAUGCAUUUUACUACUAAAUUACAUAGUACAUGGACUUGAAUGGGUUAAAAGCAACUCUGUUUACAAUUGGUUUAUACAGUGCUGUGCUGUACACCAAUAGCAAGCUUAAAUGUACAAAGAGAUCUACUCCCUCCCACAACCACAGCAUAAUAGCACAUACAAUGCGAAGAGCUGGGAGAGAGCGAACUAUGCAGGCAUUUAAUUCACAAAGGAAUUAGAUGCAUGUUUAAAAACGAAUUCUCAGUUACGAUUUCUAUGGAAGACUUUAUGCUAAGCAUGUUUUCCAAACGUUGUUUAUUUCGGAUUACAGCAAUAUGAAGAGUUUGAAAUUGAAAGAGUGGCUGCGCCCCGGCGAUUUGAGAGGACUAAUAUGGUGGCUCUGUAUCUUUUUGUGUGUGAAUACAUCAGGAGCGCAGAUUCGGUACAUCGUUCCAGAGGAACUUAAUGUGGGAUCCGUUGUUGGACUUAUAGCUAAAGAUCUGCGUUUGGAAAUAGCUGAGAUUUCUGAUCGUAAAUUGAGGAUAGCCUCCGUGGCUGGGAAGCAGUAUUUCAGUGUGGAUUUGGGAAAGGGUGAGCUGGUUGUCAGUAAUAGGAUCGACAGAGAGAAUCUUUGCGGACAAAGCGAGAGUUGUCUUUUGCCUUUAGAGGUUAUUAUUGAGGAUCCUCUCCAGCUUCAUAGGGUAGAAGUUGAAAUUCAGGAUAUAAAUGACAAUGCUCCUCAUUUCCAAUCAUCUGUUCGCACAUUGAAAAUCGCCGAACACACCGUCUUGGGUAAACGAUUUUCUUUAGAGAACGCGCAGGAUCCUGACGUUGGUGAAAAUGCAUUGAAAUCUUACACACUUAGUAAAAACGAACAUUUCAGCUUGAACAUAAACGACCAUGGUGAAGGAAGAAAGGUUCCAGAAAUCGUAUUGGAGAAAGCCCUGGACCGAGAGAAUAAGGCUACACAUCAUCUGCUGUUGACAGCAUUGGACGGUGGUUCUCCGGUAAAAUCCGGAACCUCACAGAUAACUAUUGUUGUCCUUGACAUAAAUGAUAAUAGUCCUGUAUUCGAAAGGUCGUUAUACAUGGUUUCACUUUACGAAAAUACUGCCCUCGACACGUCUUUCUUAAAGGUUGAGGCUAAUGAUCUAGACGAUGGCCCGAAUAGUGAGAUAGAAUAUUCUUUAGGCGAUCAUACCGAACCAUCUGUAAAAGCUUUGUUUGACGUUGAUCCAAAGACGGGAGAAAUGUUUUUAAAGGCAACAUUGGAUUACGAGAACACGUCCUCAUAUAGAAUCGAGAUUAUUGCUAAAGACAAAGGUGUUCCAGAGAUGGAAGGACAGUGCAACAUUCAAAUAGAUGUAGUUGAUGUUAAUGAUAAUCCUCCCGAAAUUACCAUUACCUCUAAACCAAGCCCUGUAAGAGAGGACGCACCCAAAGGGACUGUGGUGGCUUUGAUAAAUGCUCGGGAUCCUGACUCUGGGGAUAAUGGAAAGAUGACAUUACACAUUCCCACGGGCAGUCCUUUCAUAUUGAUCCCGUCAUUUUCCAAUCAUUAUGCUCUAGUCACAAAUAGUGUUCUGGACCGUGAGGCCUUCCCGGAGUAUAGCAUAGAGAUAACCGCAACUGAUGCGGGCUCCCCGCCUCUGGGCAGUAGAAAAACAAUCACAAUCUGUAUCCUGGAUGUAAAUGAUAAUCCACCCAUGUUUCCAUACACUGAAUAUACCGUGUACGUGAGUGAGAAUAACACACCUGGAUUUAUUGUUUGCUCCGUGUCCGCAUCGGACAUGGAUUUUGCCGAUAAUGCUAAAAUAUCAUAUUCUAUAUUAGAUUCAAAAGUACAAUAUGUGUCUGUCUCCUCUUAUAUUUACAUAAACUCUGAAAACGGCAGCAUCUACAGCAUGCACUCUUUUGACUAUGAGAAAGUGAAAGUGUUUAAAAUCGUGGUUCAGGCUAAGGACCACGGCUCUCCGUCUUUGAGCAGCAACACCACGGUUCAUGUUUUUAUCCUGGACCAGAACGACAAUGUCCCCGCUGUUAUUUACCCCUCCGCUGCCACGGGCUCACAUCAGAAGAUGCCCCGGUCCGCUAAAGCCGGCCACCUCGCCACUAAGGUAUCAGCCGUUGACGCAGAUUCGGGGCUUAAUGCCUGGAUUUCUUACAGGCUGUCUGAGGCCACAGAUUUAUCUCUGUUCAGUGUGAAUCUUUACACAGGGGAGGUGAGGACUAAACGCGCGGUUUCAGAGCAGGAUGAUUCGUCCCAGAGGCUGUUUAUAGAGGUAAAGGACAAUGGGGAUCCGGCCCAGUCCACUACAGUCACAGUCAACAUACUGCUAGAGGACGGACUCCACGAGCCCAUCUCGGACUUCCACAAGAAAACAGCAGAACCCAGCAAGACAACCAGUACAAUUACCUUUUAUUUGAUCAUCUCUCUGGCCUCAGUGUCGGUGUUGUCUUUGUUGACUUUUCUCAUCUUAGUGAUGAAGUGCGUUAGAAACAGUAUGAACAGCUCGAGUUGCUGUAUCAGAAGGGCUGACUCUAACGGAUACAAAAACCCCAACCGAAACCUUCAGAUCCAGCUCAACACUGACGGCCCUAUUAAGUAUGUGGAGGUCCUGGGAGGGGACAUGUUGUCUCAGAGCCAGUCCUUCAGGUCUUGUCUCUCUCCAAUGUCAGAGUUCAGUGAUUUCACCCUCGUUAAGCCCAGCAGCACCACUGACUUUAAGGACAUGAUUAACGUGCUAGACGCAUCUUUACCUGACAGCGCGUGGACGUUCGAGAGCCAACAAGUAAGGCCAUAG